UUUAAGCCUUGUAUUCCUACCCGUAUAAGCCUGUAACGCGUUUCUGGAUAGAUCUAUAUUUCCUAUCGCACGGUUUUAUAAUGGUGUUUUGUUCGUAUUUAAUUGCUGUACGUUAAUGAUUUCGAACUGUUUAUUUUUUUGACAUUUUUCAAGAUUUUUUAUUUGAGAAAUAUUUUUUAUUCUACAACUUCUUCAAAGACAGCCAAAUGCUAACGGGUCGCUUACAAAGUUAAGUCCUGAAGACUACUUGUUUUGUUUGUUUUGUCCUCGCCACCAUGUCCGGUGUGGUGCGCACCCUGAGCCGGUGCUUGAUUCCAGCUGAAGCCAGCCGGGAGCGGAGCAACAGCAAAGAACGAAGCCGGGAUCGGGAUGUGAAUCAGGAGCGAGAGGCGAGACGCCGCAGUCGGGAAAUCGAUUCAAUGCUAGCCCGGGAGAGACGCUCCAUUCGCCGCUUGGUUAAAAUACUUCUGCUUGGAGCUGGUGAAAGUGGCAAAUCGACAUUCUUAAAACAAAUGAGGAUUAUCCAUGGCAGAGAGUUUGACCAGAAGGCAUUGCUUGAGUUUCGAGACACCAUAUUUGAGAAUAUCAUUAAGGGUAUGAGAGUCCUGGUGGAUGCCCGUGACAAGCUGGGUAUCCCCUGGCAGAACACGGAGAAUGAGAAGCACGGCAUGUUUGUGAUGGCCUUCGAGAACAAGGCCGGGGUGCCUGUGGAGCCCUGCACCUUCCAGCUGUACGUCCCCGCCCUGCGUGGGCUGUGGCUGGAUACCGGCAUCCGCCAGGCAUACGGACGACGCAGCGACUUCCAACUGGGUGAAUCGGUGAAGUAUUUCUUGGAUAACUUGGACCGGAUUGGGCAGCUGAAUUAUCUCCCAAGCAGACAAGAUAUUCUGCUGGCCAGGAAAGCCACAAAGGGUAUAGUGGAGCAUGACUUCAUCAUCAAAAAGAUCCCCUUCAAGAUGGUGGACGUGGGUGGCCAGCGAUCGCAGCGACAGAAGUGGUUCCAGUGCUUCGACGGAAUCACCUCCAUCCUCUUCAUGGUGUCCUCCAGCGAGUAUGACCAGCUGCUCAUGGAGGACCGGCGCACCAACCGGCUUGUGGAGUCCAUGAACAUCUUCGAGACCAUCGUCAACAACAAGCUCUUCUCCAAUGUCUCGAUCAUCCUCUUCCUCAAUAAGAUGGACCUCUUGGUGGAGAAGGUCAAGAGCGUGAGCAUCAGGAAGCACUUUGCCGAUUUCCAGGGCGACCCACACCGGCUGGAGGACGUGCAGAGCUACCUGGUUCAGUGCUUCAACAAGAAGAGGAGGAACCGCAGCAAGCCCCUCUUCCACCACUUCACCACAGCCAUAGACACGGAGAACAUCCGCUUUGUCUUCCAUGCUGUCAAAGACACCAUCCUGCAGGAAAACCUCAAGGACAUCAUGCUGCAGUGAUUGCCGGCCCCACUGCAUGUCGUCUACUGUUUUAAUUUUUUUUUUUUUUUUUAUUUAUAUAGGUUGCUUGUCUGUGUGCCCUAAAAAAACACACUCUACCUUCUUUCAAUUUCAGGAUUGUUUCGGGGUGUUUAAAAUAUAUCCAAGAAAACAUUACGAUGGACGCAGUGAGAUAGUGAAUUCUGGAGAAACUUCAUUAGCGUCUGUAAGCAAUUUAACAACAAAUGUACUGAGAUGUACUGUACCUGCAGAUCAAGCUCCUCAGCAGCCAAUGGGGAAAAUCCACCUGCGGGUGACAGGCUCUCCUGUUUGGUAUUACGCCAAUAGAGAUGUAUUGAUUUUACUAAAUGGAAUAGUGGUGCCUACAGUUGUGUAAGAAAAUUAAUGAAUGAAAGAACGACUGUGCCAGCCCAAUGGUUGAGCUCAUUUGGGACAUGUUCAUUAUAAUGUUGUGUUUAGUCACAUGGUGCGUUGUUUAUGAAUCGCUCUGUUAGGAGACAUAUGCAAGUUAAGAUCAGUGGUUAGAGCUUGGCGAUACUGCACUAUUUAUAUUGUAUAUGUAUUUCUAAAAUGGCUUUAAUUGCCUGACUGAGAAGCAGGUUGUAUUUUGGCCGGAUAACAGUAAAAUGAGUGUCACAUGGUGUUUUAUAACCAUCCCUUUCCAAAGAAAGUGGUCUUCUGUGUAUUUGCACUAUUGUUGAUCCAACCAAGCAAAUCUUUUGAAGAGUGAAGGGUGCAAGUUAAAAUUAGAAAGCUGUACUGUACAUUGACCAAAAGGAGCACAAGCAAGGCUGUGUGAUUCGCUAAUGCUCAAGGAUGGAAACAUCUAGUUUGUUUGCUUGGAGCACAGAAGGCUUUUUAACAUCAUAUUGCGAAAUAACAUUUCAGACUAGAGUCCUAGAAAUCUGCUCUGCGGGGAAAUCGUUUUUAUGGUGAUUUGAAAAAAAGUAAUAACUAAUCUUUUUAUUAUAUAAUGAACCUAUUCAGUUUCACUCUGAUUAAAAGUCUAGCCGUGUGAUUAUAGACCAAACAAAAAUAAUUCAAAUUGAAACUAUGCAAGCAUAAUAAAAGUGUAGUGCAGAUACAGUUGGAAUUACAGUAACAGAAGAAUUACACUGCCGACUCCUAAUUUCUUGUAGCCAGAUCCCUUGUACUGAAUGCUGAACUGAAAUUCCGUUCCAGCAUAGUCUAGUCAGAAGUCUGAUGAGAUUACUAUUCUGCCAUUUGGAAUUUAGUAUUGCAAGCCUUUAGUAUGAGAUUAGAAGUGGCUUUAACUUUUUUAAAUUUUAUUUUCAAUUGGUGAUGUAAAAAUUGUACAUAUUAAAGUAUUUUCGCUCAAUAUUAUAAAUGAUAUUUUGGUUUAACUAAAGCUUUGUUUUGCAGUUCACUGAUUCUCAAUUCAUUGGUAAGCUGGGCAUCUUUUUUUCUAUACACAUGGAACUAAAGAUACCAAAUGGGUAAAGAAAUCUUGAUGUUGCCUCUUUCGCAACAAGUUGCGCAGGAACUAGAGAAAUGCACAUUUUUAGUGGUGGUUGACGAGGAGCAGAGGUUAUGAAUUUAGGUUUAGUCUGUAUGACACACCCCAUGUUGUAAGUGUGUUCCAGUCACUGACUUUUUGGGUUUUAUAUACAGAGCUCACUUCCUGUAGUCACAUUUUUAAAUUAAGACUAGUUAGAUCAUCACUUAUGUUAUCAACUUUCUGGUAGCCAGCUGUGACUAAGAAAUGUCUUAAUCCUAACCCUCAGUUAACUGCUUCAGAUCCAUCCAGGAAUGCAUUGUGAGAGUGAAUGCUUACCAACGUGCAGCCUUUAUUUCCAAAUGCUUACUCUGUAAUCAUUUUGCAACUCACACAAUCCACUGCCCCCCACUUCCCCCUAAACAUUGUGUUCCUAUGGGUCACAUGACCAGAUAGGUGUGUGUGUGUGAAUACCUUCACACAGACAAGCUGGAUUUCUAAUGUGGUAUUCACCUGUAAGUUUGUUGUGAACCGAGCAUUUAGCAGAUUUUUUAUUUCAGUUUACUGCAGAGCUCGAUCUUGGGAUAAUUCUUCAGCAAAUCAACAAACGCUUUAGGUUAAAACACUGUCAUGGGCGGGUCUUUACUGGAACAGCAUUAUAAGUCCUCUUUCUUAUACUGUCUUCUGUAGGGGUCUCCAACCCUGGUCCUGGAGACCCCCAAUCCUGAAGGUUUUAUAGGUAUUUUAUUUGAUCAUUGGCUUAAGAUCUGGAACGCAUGUUAAUCUCGACGAAUUAAGCCAAUAAUUGGUGCAGUGAAGUAACCGAGAACUCUGCUGAAAUGAAACCAGCAGACCCAGUAGCUUUCCAGGACCGGGGUUGGAGACCCCUGGUCUACUGUCUAUACCCCAUAAAUAUGGAGAAACUGAAAUACUCUUUAUUCAUUUAACUAAACAAAAUGAAAGACAGAACAAAUAUGUUGCCAAGUCUACUGUAAAUUGGAAUUUGUAAAGUAUCUUCCUUUUGUCUUCACUGUGUCUUUGGCAGUGUCCUCUAUAGCAGUGGCUUCCUACCCUGGUCCUGAGGACCCCCCGUGUCUGCUGGUUUUCAUUCCAACUGAGCUCUCAUUUACUUAAUUGAACUGAUAAUUUGCU